AUGUUUGACCCAACUUUUUCCUCCACUCGGGUCCUUCAGGGUGCGGUCAAGUCGGCUUCGUCCACAAUCGCCGAUAAGGUGUCGAAUGUUCCCGCAGAAAUUAUCGCUUAUUUGCUUCAGCUAAAUGGCGAGCUGAAAAGCUCUUCUCAACAGGAGGUUUCCAUCAUUACGGAUAGGGUUUUCGAAGAAUUAAACACAUCCUAUGCCAAGCAUCUUGUCGGUAUCUGUGGACACUACGAAGGCUCCAGACAACUUGAAAACAUGCUGUCUAUUUCCCGGUCAUUUGUUCCCAAGUUUGGCUCUCUAUUAAGAUCUUAUUUUGUUGAGGCUGAUAUUCUAUCGCUUGCGAAGGAUAAAAUCGGAUCUCAUGUGCUGCAGUCAUUUAUCAUUGAAAGUCGAGUGUUUCUCAAGACGAGCGGUCCAACUUUGACAGAGACAAUCAAGACAAUUGAAUACAUUUUCUCUGUAUUCCUCCCCAUCAGGUCUGCCAAUGUCCAAGAAGAACUAAUGACAGACCA